AUGAGGGACUCUUUGAGACCCUUUAAUAACAAAUCAUGUUUGCUCAACAUUUGUCCCAUAAUUGCAUUGCUUCGUCUUACCUUCACCGGAUCAAUUUCACAGACUGCCUUUUAUGAAGUGGGAGGGUAUCAGGAGCUGGUGAACAAGUACUCGGAAGCCAUCCCAAGUAAGAUCCAGCAGGGGAACUGGACUGCCAAUCCAGAGUGUUACACGCCUCGCCAGGAUGCUUUCCAUAUCUUCCGAAGCUGUGUCUCUGGUGACAUCCCCUGGCCCGGGCUCAUCUUAGGAGCCACUACUGUCUCUCUGUUCUAUGGGUGUGCUGAUCAGGUUUCUGUCCAGCGGUUUCUGGCAGGAAAGAGCAGGCUUCAUAUGGAAAGUGGCUGCCUCUUGUGUGGCUACUUAAAGCUGCUGCCUAUGUUCCUCAUGGUGAUGCCGGGCAUGAUCAGCCGUAUCCUGUUCCCAGAUCAAGUGGCAUGCGUCGUACCUUCGGAAUGCGAGAAAUUCUGUGGCCAAGUAACCGGCUGUAGCGCCCUGGCUUACCCAGUGUUGGUCUUAGGAGUGAUGCCUCCUGGCCUGCAAGGUUUUAUGCUGUCCACAGUGUGCGCUUCCCUUAUGUCAUCCUUGACGUGCAUUUUCAACAGUUCCAGCGCCCUGUUCAUGCUGAACAUUUACACCUGGAUUCGGCCCACCGCCACGGAGAAAGAGCUCAUGAUAGCUGGCAGGUGA